AUGGGUUCAUACUAUCAUUCAUCUGAUUACUGUUAUGACAUUGUAUUACCAUCUUAUUUUGGAAAUCGAUCUUCUUCCGGACUAUCUGUAAACCUCACCAACCAAAAUAUCGAAUCCUUGAUGUAUUUCUGUGAGAAAAUAGUUGAUUUGGAAGACCAAGACAAGUACAGCGGGCCUAUGGUGUGGAUUGGUAUCUACAUCUCAAUAGCAUCAUUCUUUUGCAUUCUGGCGAUGGUUGCUGAUCUGUUCAAUGGUUUUCAGAAAAGGAAAUUUUGGUUUCCAAGUAAAUAUUUCUCUCUAAAUGCUGUUUCUAUCACAGUGAUAGCCGUUGCAAUGAAAAUCCCUGUGGAUUUGAGUAGUCAAAUGCCUGGGUGGGUGGACCAAGCAGCUAAGCAGGGAAGCAUGGUUUUUAUGUGCAUGAUGAUGGCUAACUUGAUGCCUUCUUUGGCGUCUAUGGACAACAAGUCACUUCUUGCAAAUGUGAUAGGUUUUGCUAUUCUCAUUAUCACCAUAAUUGUGAAUAUGUUUAUGGAGAUUAAUACUGGAGUUAUUGAUCGAGGAUACUUCUUUGUAGCAUUGUUACUCUUCUUGUUAAUAAUUUUGAUCUCUUCUGCAAUAUCACUUCCAAUCUCUAAGCAAAUUCUACAACUCAAGUAUCAAGCGAUUAGCAAAAUAACUUUACAUGAUCAUUGUCCAGAAGAUAUGUUUGCUAUUGAGAAGCUAAGACAACAUGUGAAAAGAUACUGGAUCAUGGCAGAAACUGGUAGCCCUCAAUUUGUAAUGGCUAGUAAUCCGUUAUCAUGUGCUUCUGGCGUAAUUUGUGUAACUGGUCUAGCCACAUACAUAUUACUUCUGGUGUUAAAUUUUAUGUUCCCAAUUUAUAUAGGAUACCAAUCGGAUUAUAAGUGGUCAAUGGUUGUGAUUGUUAUCACACAAUCUAUUGGAAUUGUAGUAGGUGUCAUCUCCCCAAUGUUUAGAUGUUUUACGGUUGUGAGCUUUAAAUCUUUUACUAGGUGGAAUAGGAACCAUUUGGAGGUAUUUAAAGUAGAAAAGUAUUGGACUCAACAGUUGUGUGAAUGGAAAGAAAGUCAUAUUACCUUUCUAUCAAAGGGCCCUAGAUCAAGAAGUCUUAUGCGUAAUUUGAAAAAACAUAUUCUAAGUGCUUGGAUUGGAUUUCAGAAGGUGGUUGUGGUAACAUGCAAAAUUAUAGGGCUCAUCCCCAUAGUGGUUCUACUCAUUUUCAUGUAUUGUUCAUAUUAUUUAAAGUCAAUGAAAGGAAUGAUGCUUAAUCCACCCUCUGGCUCUAGCACUCAUUAUAUAGAUGAAGACCUUAGCAAUUAUGUUUUGUUACUUGAAGACAAUAUGGAGUUUGCUGAAAGAACACUUAAACGAAUUUCAAACUCCAUGAAUUGUGUGAUGCAAAAGGCUGAGAAGGAACAAGACAACAAUCUCUUAAUGUUUCUUGAAAAGUCUACUGGAUUCGAGGGAGUAGAGAAAUUUGACAUUUAUCAAGUUCAACCACUUCUUUCUAUUGAACUUCCCAACACUUGGAGCUUACCAAUAGUAACCUUAACAUGCAUCGCAAUUUCACUCCCAAAUAUUGGUAAGGACGCAACUAAUAACUUGUUCAAAUGUGUUGGUGGAGGGCUCUUUUACACACACAUUGUUGAGGAAAGCUUGAACAAUGCACUUAAGUACGUAAACAUUCAAAAGGCAGCUAUGACAUUGUGGGAUGAGGUAGAAGACAACUACAAGUGGUUAGAGAACACUUUGGAAAAAAGAGCUUAUGAUGGAAAAACAUCAAGAGAGAUCCUUGAAUGGUUUUCUCACAAAGCAGAAGAAAUUGUGAUAGAAGUUAGCAAAAGCACAAAUGGAGGAGAACCGGUGGAAUACCUUCCAUGGAAGUUGAUUGUUGCUAAUUCAAUGUAUAGAAUUACACAAACAAUCAUGCUUACCUACCAAAGUGACAUCUUAGAGAUCAAUGAAGAAUGGUUGUUUACACUAUUAAAUCACAUGAUUGCAGACAUAUUGGUUGCUUGCUUCACCAACAUACCACGAGUAAUAACAAUGAAAUGCAUGAAAGUGCAAUAG